AACUAUAAAAUAUUGUUGCUUUUACAAUAUUGCAUAAAAAUUCCCGUUAUUCAAAAAUAAAUAAAAAUACUGAAGUAUAUUUAUUUGGCAAAAUUUUCUUAGCUGUGUUGGCCACACUCUUUGAAUCAGCUGUCCUCCUUCCAAUUUGUGAUUGUGUGCUAAUUUUGAUUAUCAACAAAUUUCCUGAUGUAAUAAAUAAAUUCGCAAUUGAUUGGAGUAACGCAUUCACGACGUCGAGUUCGCGCAUUCGUUGGUAUUUUGGUUGCGUGUUGUUGAGAGCCAGGAACAGGAAUCAAAAUACGAAAUUAGUCAGAAUGUUGGUGAGCGCAUUGGUUCAACAGCCCCCUCGGCCGCCAUCCAAACCAACGAACUCGAGGCUCCCGCUGCUCCACCACCAACAACCGGAGAAGCCAUCGGAAAAUGGGCGCGAAGCUAUGCUCAUCGAGGAUGAAGUGCACGGUGUAAUAGAACUUCCUAGUCGUAUACAGGAAAUAGUGGAGCAUCCACUGUUUCAGCGAUUGAAGAAGGUUAACCAAUUGGGCCUCAUACCUUUGUCCCUCGACAAAAAUGCCAAUCACAAGCGCUACGACCACUGCCUUGGAACGUACAAAAGUGCCCAGGACCACCUGAGAGCCAUCGAGCGAAACUCGCACUAUGAGCCAAAACUACCGGAUUGGUGUCGCCAAGCGGUGGAAAUAGCCGCUCUACUUCACGAUAUUGGCCAUGGGCCAAUGUCACAUGCUUGGGAACGUCUUGGUGAACAUGAAUUUGAUCACGAGGAGAAUGCGCUUGUUUGUGUGGAUCGAAUUUUCGAGGAUGCUCGUAACGAGGAGCUGGUCUCCUUAAGGGACGAUGGAAGUGGUCGAGGAGUUCAGCUAAUAAAGGCUUUAAUUCUGGGCAGCAGCGAUUCGUUAUCGUUUCCCAUGAUGGGCCACAACUAUAUCUUCGAUAUCGUUCAUAAUAGUCGCUGUGGUUUGGAUGUGGAUAAGUGGGACUACCUAAGACGGGAUAACAUGCGUCUGAAGUUACUCAACCCCGAAGAAAUGGAUUUUGAUGACGUGUUUCUCAAGGCCCGCAUUUCAGCAGACGGUCAACGUAUUGAGUAUCGCUAUCAAGACUACCAUCGAAUUUAUCGUUUGUUUGAGUCCAGAUGGCGACUGCAUGUUGCAGUUUAUCAGCAUCCUUUAAUAUGUGCUCUGGAUUGUAUUUUUGCCGAAUUGGUUACCCGAGUGACUCCAGAAAAACUAAAUAUUCGAUCGGAAUCCCCGGAAUGGCUGGAAUUGCACGACGAAAACAUAUUGAAACUCAUUGAAUGUGAUCCAAAGGCGGUCUAUUUGCUGGAACCCAAAAGAGUUGUAGAAGUGCCAUCCACCGAUAUUGAGGGGCCAAAUAUCUUGAAAGUUGAAAGGAAGAUUCCAGGGCCUGGUUUUUAUAUGCAAUCUAAUGAUGAUUUUGCAUUCUUUGGAAACAAACGAAACAAGCGGACAGUCGACCCAUGCCUGAAAACCACAAUCAUCAGCAAGAUCUAUAAGUUACUUUAAGAAACAUCACCCAGACCCAGUGCAUAGGAUAGUUUUUGUUACAAAAAUAGAAGGAAGAUGCUAACACAUGGCUAUGAUUUUUUUCGUUGGUUAUAUAUUUUUUAAUAAAAAAUACUUUGUGACAUCAUGCUAGUUAAGUUGCGAUUCGUUUUAAGCUAGCAUCGUCUCAGUGUUAUCCCGUAUUAUGUUGAAAAUCGUUGAUUUGAUCAGUUGUUCAGAAUAAGUUUCUGUUUCGUUUUGCCUUAAUUGCCAAAGUACAAAUGCAAUGUGUUCUUAAAAAUAUUCAUUUAUUAGUUUAUACAAUGUAUUAUCGCAAUCUUACAACUAAAAUACUAAAACAAAAAUUUCAACAGUUCACUUGAAGACAUCACAAUUCAAAUUCAGGUCAUUCUAACAUUAAGUACUUACUAAUCAAUAUAAAUAUAAGAUGGAUUUGUCAUAUUUUUUGAUAACCACUUUGAAAAUAUACACAAGAGAAAACAAUUAAUUCGCUACAACGUA